ACACAAUUCAUCGAGAUCUCAACGAUAGGUUCGGGAGGUUUCGGAACUGUAUUUAAAGUCAAACACAAAUUGGAUGAUAGGAUAUAUGCUGUCAAGAGAGUGCAAUUUGGGGAUUUUAGCGAAGGAAAGAAACAAAGAAUUUUAAAUGAAGUGAAAAGUUUGGCAAAACUGGACUCGGAUUUUGUGGUCAAAUAUUAUCACUCAUGGCUUGAGUCCAGUCAUCUGUACAUUCAAAUGGAGUAUUGCUCUCAAAGUCUACAAACACUUCUCGCUGACAAACCCAAUGUCUUUCAAAGACAACCCGAAGACCAGAUGAAUGCCAUCGAGUAUUUCAUUUCGUGCGAAAUAUUCAAAGAGCUCUUAGAAUGUGUCCAAUAUUUACACGAAUCCAUUCCGCGGGUCAUUCAUCGGGAUCUCAAACCGGAAAACAUAUUAAUCGAGCGCAACGUUAAGUCCAAUAGGUUUGUAAAACUGUGUGACUUUGGUUUGGCCACAGAUCACGACCCGCGCCGACACACACGCAGCCGAUACCAACACUCGUUUGUCGGCACCUAUAGGUAUAUGUCACCCGAGAUAUACCACAGUAAACCCUAUAACCAUAAGUCAGACAUCUAUAGCCUCUGUCUUAUUGGUGAACAACUAUUUAAUGUUUAUUUGCAAUCGUAA